GGGGCUCCGCGUGGCCGGGCUUGCAAGGCUCCUGGCUCCAGCAUGGCGGUGGUCGCCGGCCCCUCAGAGCCGAGUCUGGCGCUGGACCCGCUGGAAGACUCCACGUUUCAGGAGCAGCUGACGCAGCUCCAGCAGCGCGUGAGAAAGCAGAAGAAGGCAGAAAAUCUUAAGCCUGGAGUCGUCUUUCUGGGCCACCUGCCAUCAACACUUAACGAAAGCCACAUCUAUGACUAUUUUACCCAGUUCGGCACUAUUAACAGAUUCAGACUGUCCAGGAGUAAACGGACUGGAAACAGCAGAGGGUAUGCCUUUGUGGAGUUUGAGUCGGAGGAUGUUGCCAAGAUAGUUGGGGAAACAAUGGACAACUACCUUUUUGGUGAAAGACUUCUAUCGUGUAAAUUUCUGCCACCAGAAAAAGUCCAUAAAGAACUUUUUAAACAGUGGAAUGUUCCAUUUCAACAGCCAUCAUUUCCAGCAGUGAAACGCUAUAAUCAGAAACGGGGACAUUUGCAAAUGUUAAAGAUGGAAUGUCGGUUUAAGAAGAAGGAAAAAUUACUCCGGAAGAAGCUAGCUAAGAAGGGGAUUGAUUAUAGUUUCCCUUCAUUGGUCUUACCUAAACUGAAGAAGGGGACUUCAAAGGCCACCCUUGGCACUCCUAAGGAUGCUGAGGAUUCCAAGGUUACCCAGGUUUCGCCUACCCCAAGAGAAAGACUUUCAGGUGUACCUAGGAAAAAGGAGAAGAAGGGUCCCACACCAAUUUGUACACCGACAUUUUUGGAGAGACGAAAAUCACAGGUGACCGAAGUCAGUGAUGAUAAAGAUAAUGAAAUCAUUUUCAAACAGCCUGUGCCCACAGUGAACGAAGAGCAGCAAAAGACUCCCAACACCUGCACGCUCUGGGAAAAAAGACCAAGAAAGAAGAAGAGCAACCAGUGAUUCUGAAAGCAUUCUAUGUGUACAUCUUAUGGGCAGAUAGGAUUUGGUUAUAAAGGACUACUAUAUUUUACUAGGUGCAGUGACGUGCAAGCCACUGAUGAGACUGUCCAUGCCAGUGAGAAAAGCCCUCAGGAACUUGGCUGUUUUGCCCUCUGCUGUCCUGAGUUUGUGUUCAGGCUUCACAGCUCCCUUAAUUUGCUCUGCCUGUAUUACGUUACAGGCUCAAGUACCACCAGCAGCCUUUGAGGCCCCACCAGUGCUGUGUGGCUGUCGUCUGUGUGGUAUUUCUGCACAUAAACCCCAAAGAGUAUGUCAGGCUUCAACCUCAGACCUCUGAAACUGGAAGUUAAAUACAUGUAAGGAGUGGGAGAAGGCAGUCCCAAGUGUGAAUACAGUUUUACACAAGUGCUAUGAGGAUCUGGAAUAACUUGUUUUCCUCCAUAAUUAAUUACAGGUGAGCUAAUGAAGGUUUGACAGAUCAGUUUCAGCAGUUACAUUCAAGAUUCAAACAGUGACCAAACUUUUCUACAAUUUAUAUGUGUACAACAGAACCUAAGAACUUUGGGGGGGGGUGCUGGGGAGCAAUUUGUCCAUCACCUGUUUUUGUUUCUGUGCCCCUUCUGUGCUUUUGUAUUGCCAGUGCAGGUUUGUUGAAUAUAACUGUCAAUCACUGUUGA